CUCCGAGUUAUAACUACUUCCUUUCUUUUUUGCUUCGUGGGAUUCAGAAAGCUAAUCUAGUCUCUCUUAUUCAUUACGAUCUUACAACUAUUAACCUCUGUCCACAGGAGACACUUGCAACAUUAUGGCAAUUCAAAAUUUGGAUGUAAUUCCCCGAUUUCCCAAACGACGUGAAAUUCAAAAAUUAUCAGUAAACACCACCAUCACCCUCAAUGCCUUACCCGCUCAAUCACCCAUUCCACUUCCCACGUCCCCUUCCAAAAUCAUGACCUUAUCCGCUUAUUCCAGAGAUUUAUCACUCUGGGGAAUACCGCGUUGGCCAUUUGAGCCGAAAAUGGAGCGAAUUCGGACGCUCGUACUGGAGCGUUUGGGACUACGAGCUGAUAUACCUUGCAUCAUAUCCUUUGAUUCGAGAACAGCAUUUAGGAAAAUCUACAAGAUUAUUAUUUAUCAGAAGAUAGAAGUACAAGAGGGUAGAGAAGGACAGAAAGAGAGGAUAUAUAACCUGAGUGUUAGAUAUCCCUUACAAGAAACUGACGAAACGCUAAGUGAUGUGGCCACUAUGAAAUUUGCACGAAAAUCGGGGGUUCCAGCUCCAAGGGUAAUUGCUUGGGACGCGGAUAGAAGGAAUAGAUUGGGAUUUGAGUGGAUUUUGACAAGGAGGUUGGAGGGUAAAUGUCUAAGGAGUGAAUGGGAAAAUUUAUCAUUUGGACAAAAGGAGAAAGUGGUGAAAAGCAUAGCGAAAUACCAAGCAAAACUGUUUGCGACGAAUUUUGACGACAUUGGAAAUCUUUUCGACGCGCAAGAUGCAGAUGAUUACGUCACGGACUACCGAUAUGGCGAUUUUAAUACUUCACAUCAGAUAUCUAGAGAAGUGCAACCUUUUGUUGGUCGAUUGAUAUCGAUAGCGUCAAUUAGUGAAAAGAAAUCAUACUGUUCUUUUCCCAAUAGCAGCUCUUAUUUAGAAGCUCUUCUAAUACCCAUUUGGAAAGAAAUAUUAACGACAUUACGGACGUCGACUAAUGAAGAAGAAAUCAUUAAAGCACAAAGGCUUCAGAAGCUUAUUGAAAAGGUUCAUGUUAAAAUCCUUCAAAUAAUUCCAGAGACAACUGUAUCUACAGUCCUGGUUCACGACGAGUUAUCAAUGAGAAAUAUUUUAAUUGAUGAAAUAGGAAAUGUAAUAGGAAUCUUGGGAUGGGAAAAUGCGAUGGUUAUGCCGACCUGGAAGGCGACCCAGUUUCCUCAAUUUUUGACUAGUGAGUAUACACCGCAAUCAGAGAGAGUAGAUCAGGAACAUAUUACUGGGAACAUGGAUGCAAGGAUUGAAGCAGUAAGAUUGAAACGUCUAUAUGACGACGAGAUGGCAAAGAGGGUAGUAGCUUGGAAAGAAGAGAUCAUUCUAGGGAAAACAAAGAGGGAGCUUGAAUUUGCAUGCAAAUUUUCCAGUAUUGAGAGCUGCAUAAAGGAAAUAGAGGACUGGGUAGAUGCACUCGAAACAAAUGUACCGAUAGCUCUAGUAAAACAAUAACUUCAGGUACGUAUGGUGGCUUCAGGGAAAAGAAUCGUUGUAAUAACAAAUCGCUCUAGAGCUUAUGCUUUCUUAUCCUUUGCCAUGUUCGCAGCAAUCUUCAUUUCCUCGUCGGAGGGCAUAUUGACGAUCAUGAGAUACAACACA